UCACUGUUUCAUACGUUUCACCGACUGACUGUCAAAUUGACAGAUGUUGGUUAAGUAGUGUUUUCCUGUUUUCAAAGGUAUACACGAAAUCACGUGCGAAACCUCGAUGGCAGAAUGACCUGCACUCGUAAUGUUCUUUUAUUGUCAUGACAUACACGAUUAAUAAUGCCUCUACCGCGAAAGCAUGGGAACACGGCUAACGUCGAUUAUAAAGCUCGAUUAGAGCACAAGCUAUACUUGGCUAGAGAAAAUCCAGAACCAAUAUUCGAUGUGUCUGAAUGUGCUUUAAAACAAGUACCCUCUGGUAUUUAUUCAUUGUGUAAGGUAUUCAGAAAGAAGGUGCUAUGGAUGUAUGAUAACAAAUUAACUUCACUCUCUGGUGGAGGUGCCUUAAACGAUUUGUCAUUAAUUGUUGUACUAGAUAUUCAUGGAAACGAAUUUACAAAUUUACCAUCGGACAUAAUGUGUCUUGUGUCUCUCAAGGAACUCUACUUGCAGGAGAAUAACAUAAGAAAACUGCCAAAUGAAAUAGUACAUUUAUGUAAUUUAAACAUCCUAAAUGUCGCAAAGAAUAAUUUGAAACAGUUACCAGAGGCGAUAGGAAAUUUAAAACAACUCACUGUAUUGAACGUCAGUCAAAAUAAGUCUCUCCAUAAGCUUCCUAGCUCUUUGGGUUAUGCACAACAAUUAACACAGUUAAAUGUCGAUGGAUUGAACUUGACAUAUCCACCGGAAGAUAUUCUAAACGGAGGCACCAUAGUAAUUAUUGCAUUUCUAGCGAAUGAAAGUGGUAUCGAGUAUUCACCAGAAGAAUCCGUUUCAGAAACAGAUAUAUCAAGAGAUAUAAGUUGUGAGGAUAUGCAAGGGGUAUAUCAUAAUAAAGAUAACAAUGCAGCAUUUCAGAAGCUAGCAAAAAUGAAGGAACAUCGUCAAAACGCAUUGUUGGAAGUAGAAGAAACUAUUAAGCAACAGCAAGAAUACGAAUUUGGAAUUCAGUCGAUGUUGAAAGAACAUAAAAAGAAGCUUUUGGAGGAUCUUGCACUACAACAAACACAGCUACAAGACGAACUGAAAAAAGUACAACAGGAAAGAGAUUCCAAUAGAGUCCGUUUACUCUCCUAUCUUUAUGACGCCGAAAAAGAAGCAGACAACGUUAUUAAAGAAUUUCUAAGAAACAGUGAAGAUGAGAGACAGGCUCAAGUUGAAUUAAUAGAACGGGAGAAGCAGGAAGAAAUGCAACUAUUAUUUUCAUGCCACUCAGAACAAUUUAUGUUUCGCACAAAAGACACUCUUUCUUCGAUGGAGAAAUUACUUGAAGAGGAGCUUCACAGAACCAGGAAACUGAAAGAACAUAGUAAAGAUAGAGAUUACGCGGCGCAGUCUUUGCUCAUGCAGGAAGUGAGAAAUAAUGAUCAUUUAGCAAAAAUAGUACAGGAUCAAGAGAAGAAUAGACAAAAUUUAAUUGAUACAUUAAGGCAAGAUGAAGUUUUGCAGAAGCUUGCCGUUGCUGCACUUUUAGAACGUAGUGACGCACGUUGUUGGAGUAUCGUUCAACAGGUCAAUUUAGUACAAUCACAACUAGCGGCUCUAACAAAUAUUGAACUGGAGAGAAGAAAACUAGAAAUCAAUCAACAGCUUAAUGAAAUAGCUGAGAAACGAGUAGCUUUAAGUGCUAUUUUAAUGAACUUGUUGGAGCAACAAAAAGCCAGAAGAGAUCAACUUUUGGAAACAAUUAAUAGCAUAGAACAACAACGUUAUACCAAUAAUUCGAGAAGACAAAGUCAAUUUUGGUUGAUGCAAUACCAAUCUCUGAUGGAAGCACGACCUCAGGGUUUAUUGGAAAUGUUAGAACCGACGUUGGUACGACAUGUUGCAAUAGCUGGUGCAUUACACUGCUUGCCAUUUUUAGCUUCUCUGCCAUCGUUGUUACCGAAUAUUGAUGAAGAACAAUUGAAAAGUAUUGGAAUACAUUCCGAAAGUGAUCGCGCUGCUAUAAAGCUUGCGGUUGAAAAUUAUUUAGCUGAAAUAAAAUUGAAUGAAUCGCGGACAUCUGUAAUACCUUCUGCACCACCCGAAGAAGCCUGUACAAGUGCUAACUACGAAGAAUACAACACGACUCAGAGCAUCAAUACUGCCGAAUGCGUAAUUUGCCUUGAUUUACAAUGCGAAGUAAUUUUUCUACCAUGUGGACACCUCUGUUGCUGUUCAGGUUGUGCAAGUAUGGUUUCCACGGACUGUCCAAUGUGUAGAAGUGCGAUACAUGAAAAGAUUCGCGUUAUUAAACCGUGAAAUGUAACCGAUGAUUUUUUAACAAACAAUUCCAUUUAGAUUAAUAAUUAAGUCUUUAAUAGUCUA